AUGCCCAUUAAUCUCACCAAAGAAUCGAAUAUAAGUUUGCAAGCCCGUGGCGCGGUUCGCUGGAAACUCGCAGUGGUCCAAGUGACGCCAUACCAGUGUCCAAAAUGCUUCAAAUAUUUUAAAUCGUCGAAAUCUUGCUGCAAUCAUCGAAGCACGUGCGGCACAGACAAGAAAUUUCGUUGCGCCUUUUGUGAUUAUCGGUCUCAUCAAAAGGGAAACGUUCUUCGACAUCUUGCCACGCAACAUCCUGAAGCUGGUCAGAAGAAACGAGUCAACUGCGUUCUAAAAACCAAUGAUAAUGACACGACCGGGAACAAAGCUAUCGAGGAGAACGCCGAUCUGCCCGUUCAAGCAUGGAAGAUCCAGGAACAGGGGCUACCAUUCGCCGAGUUGAAGAUACCAAAGGCCUACAACUACGUUGGCAAGAAGCCACCAGGACAAUUUGGCUGUAGUAGAUGCGGAAGAUCGUACAUGAGGAAGGAUUCGUUACAGCGGCACGUUCAUUGGGAAUGCGGCAAGGAACCUCAGUUUCAAUGUCCGUUCUGUCCUCAGCGAUCCGAAGACCUGAGCAUCACUGGACUAAAGUGGGCGGCUGCUUGGCACAGAUGGAGCGUGCCUUCGAUCAUGUGGCGGUCCGGCGGAGGAUUGGGCAAAGGGCUUGGUUCUAGCUCCUCGAAUCCCGAAGGCUUCAAUUGCCCGGCCUGUGGCAGGGUAUACAAGUUGAAGAGUAGCCUGAGAAAUCAUCAGAAGUGGGAGUGUGGCAAAGAGCCUCAAUUCCAGUGUCCUCACUGUGUGUACAGAGCGAAGCAAAAGAUGCACAUCGCGCGGCAUAUGGAACGAAUGCACAAAGAGAAAAUUUACAAGCAGGAGCUCGUCUAA